AUGGCUUCUGAUGGUUAUCCGUCGGCUGGGCCUGGGGACCGUCCGGUUCGAGCGGCCUGGGACCGUGAUGGCGCGGUUCUUCUGCCGUCUGCUCCGGAACUGCAAGACCUGGAAGAUUUUACCGACCAGCAACUCCUUGACCUCUUGCGUCGUUGCUCGGUCAGCUUCCUGGCCCGACUGGUCCGUCUUUGUGGGAGCAUCUUGCGCCCGCCCCGGGUCGUGAUCUACUGCCAACUGCCAUGCGUCAAUCCGGAAUGUCCACAAGUGUGUGGCCGUCAGGUGGAUCCGACCCGCAGACGCCAGCAUCAGAAUCACGCGCCCCCCAUAUCACUCUGCACCUGGAUGGUGCUAUUCACCGGCGUGGACGGUUGGUCAAAAAACCUGGACUCGGCCCUGCUCCCGUCUUUGCUGGGAUUGCCUGCCUCUGUCCGCUCAUUACUGCCUCCGUCCCGCUGCCAUUUUCAGGCUCUUAGGAUCAGGGUAGGCCGUCAGCUUGGACUUUUCCUGUCGUCAGCCUGGACUUUUUGCUCUUCCGACAUGUCAAGUUCUGGCACACCCGCCUUUGACGAUCCUGCUGCGUUGGUUGCCCUGCUCCGGCAAUGGUCUGCCCCGGAUGAGCUUCUGGAGGUCCUCACUGUAAAGGGUUUCAAGACCAUCGCGACCAUUGCCUAUGCUAUCCCUCCGGAUGGCUCCCCUGACGACUGGAUUCGCGUCUUGUGGCCUCCGGCAGACCCCAACGACACCUCGGCCAGGAUCACACCAUCUGCCAGCUUUGCACGACGCCUUCUGGUGCAGGCGCGCGACCUUGUGCAUCCGGCACCUGCCCCGUCGACCCCUGCCUCCGCCGGGAGUGCUCCGCCUUCCCUGCCCGGCCCAAAAAUCACGGCCGAAGCGGCGGAGGUGCUGCGUCAAAAAUUCAUUGAGGCUUACCCGGGAGAGGUCCUCUCCCCGUCGAGCACACCCAGUUUGGAAUUUCUCAACCGCCUCCGCUCUGAGCUGGACAAGCCUACAACCCUGUGGAUUCCGUGGCGCUUGAGGACAUCUGAGCAUGACGUUCAGACGUUCUAUGAACAUCGCCGACCAAGGUCGGACAACCAGCUUCUCCGCUCCUUGUUGGAUGAUGUUCCGGACCCGGUUGUGGCUCACGCGUCCGUGCCGACUUCAGGUCCCGUUGAGCCUCUGCUUCGCCGCCACUUUGGGAUUCUGGUCACGGCCUUGGCUUUUCUUGGUGACCUGCACCUCCGUAUCGGCAAGAUUUUUGCUGAGUCUUUCAUUGCAUCCGCUACGGCUGUCCCCCUGGAUCCUUCCCUCCGGGCACCAUCUCUGCAAGAAGUACUUGCCGCCGACCGGUCCAUUUGGGCUGCCGUUGGCACACUGAUGCGAGAUGAGAAGUGGUCGCUGUCUGAUUCCAUUCAUGAGGUUUCCGUCACCCGGCACAUGAUUCCGACUUUGUUGUGUGCCCGGCCUCGGUCCAUACCGGCUCCUCCGGUCCGGGAACCCACCCGCACGGUGGGCACUGCCGACACGUCGCAGCCAGCUAAGCCCGACCGGCCCACGAAACGUCUCAAAACCGAUGGCAAACCGGAUAAACCGACCGGCAAAGCCAAAGCAGAUGCCAAAAAGCCGGCCGGCAAGAAACCCGUCAAGGAUCUGUGGGAAGAGUCGUGGCAUGAGGUGGACGAGAAUGGCAAGGAAAUUUGCAAACGCUUUGUGCUCGGCCGCUCGUCCCCUGAUGCCCUGGCCGUUAAAGCCGUGCGUAUUUUCUCCUCUGAUGAAGAGAUCUCAAACCACGCCCCGGCUGAGUCCGUGGCUCAGGCGGCCCCUGCCUCGGAGUCGGACCGACUCAGAAGUCGCUCGCCGCACCGCCCGCUUCUCAGAUAUUCCUUCUCCUUUGCCCGUCCACCUGUGCAUGGGGCCCGCCCUGGCAUGCAUCCCCCCUCCCCGUGUGCACGGCCUGCCAAGGAGACAGCUCCAUCCUUGGAUCGGGCCCCCCCUUCCACUUCACCGGCCGAUCCUCCUGUUCGCCCGGCACUGUUUCUGGACUUGUUUUCAGGUUGCUCGGCCCCGCUCUCUAAAGCAGUUUCCAAUCUUGGCCUCGACCGCAUUGCCCCUAUAGACGUGCUUCAUGGGGAACAGGUGGACUUGCUUCUGCCCCAGCAUCAGUCGUCCAUGCGGAAACUGUGCUCGUCUGGCCUCGUGCGUGUGGCUGUGGCCGCCCCACCCUGCUCCAGCUUUAGCCGUGCUCGCCUUAAACCCGGUGGCCCGCCUGCAGUCCGGACACCAGCACACCCGCACGGCAUUCCUGCUCCUUCCCAGCGCCAGCAGGCUGAACUGCAACGUUCCGACAAGCUGCACGAGCUCUGUCGGGAGCUCCUCACUCUCGUGCUUCUCUCGGGUGGUCUGGUUUUGCUUGAAAACCCAUCUAGCAGCUUGUUGUGGCUCACCGACCCGUGCAAAGCCUGGAUCCGCCACCACUGCCUGUCCGCCGUGGAAAUUGCCGCUUGCACUUUUGGCAUGAAUGCUAAAAAGUGCUGGACCUUUGUCUCAAACUUGGCGGACCUUUCCUCUCUGGCCUCGACCUGUUGCCACCCGCCGGGCACUCACCCGCCCUUGGCAGGCAAGCGUGACUCGUCCGGUGCUUUUCUUACACGGACCACUGCCUGCUACCCGGACGGUCUCUGCGAGCGCAUUGCGGCACUGAUGGCACCAUAUCUCUCCCGGUCUGUGGGCCUAGUCCCGUUCGUGCUCCACUGCUUCCUGGUCCAAACCGUCCGGCCCCAACUCUGGGUUCAGCGCAUCCUGUCCGGGGAUUUCCUUGCCAAGUUUCGCGCUCGGCUGGCAUCCGGCUCCAAGGAUGCCCCCAUUUCUGAGUCCGAACUGGUACCCUUCUUGGGUGACUUGCGUUCCUUCCUGGGCUUGGCGACUACUGACUUUGAUACACUCCUUUCGGUCCCUCCGGGCCAACCGUUCCGCCUAUUCCUUCUGGAUGCGCUGCUUCAGCUCUCGCGCGACCCGGAUCGACCCUUUGUGGACUUGCUACUUGAGGGAGUUCCUCUGGGUGUUGACGAACCUAUGCCUGCCUGCCCUACGUUGUUUCCGGCGUCCGCCCCCAAGGACCCAUCCAUGGACUUACAGCAUUGUUCUUCCUCCUGGGGUUCAGCUCUGUCCGACCUGUCCACUGUUGACUCCCUUCUUCAAACCGAAGUUUCUGAAGGAUGGGUGCGGGAGGUUCCGGGCGGUCUUGACAGCCUCGUCGCUACCUAUGCUCGCACCGCUGUGGGGAAGCUUGGACUUGUUAAGGCCCCCGACCGUGACCCCCGCCUGGUGGUGGAUUCCAGCGUUUCCGGUGUUACUGAACACACCACUCUUCCCAAUAAGUCUGCGAACCCGACCAUCUCGGGCCUCCGUCGGUGCUUUCCCCUCCGUCUGGCCCUGGAACAGCUCUUCGCACUUAUCCUGGAUGUCAGCAAGGCUCACCGGCGCAUACUGAUCCGGGCCGCCGAUCAAGGCCUUCUUUGCUUUUUCCAUCGCGGCCGCCUGUUCCAGUGUCUAACAUUGAAUUUCGGUGCACGCGCGUCCGGAUUUUACUGGGCACGUUUGGCGGGUUGGCACAAAGCCUAUUUGGGCGCACGGCCGACUUGGAUUGGUUGGUCUAUGUCCUUGGAAACCUUUACCGCCACGCUUGAACCACCGAAGCUGGCCCGUCUCCGCCUUCUGAUUUCUUCAGCCCGUUCCGGGGAGGCGAUUCCACUACACCUGCUUCGCAAACUCACCGGCAAACUUCUUUGGGUUUGUUCCCUGUUUCGUCCAUUCCGGCCGUCCCUUGCACCGCUUUAUCGGGACCAAAGCCUACCUCCACUUGUUCACGUUGCUGUGGCCCCCUCCAAGUGGGAAUCCUUCCGUGCAGCCCUGUCCAAAGACCUCGUGCUCACGAAAUCUGUUGGUCUGGCUAGUUGCCCCCAGGGCUGCACCCUGGUCAGUGUGGCCUCCCGUCCUGUUCAUACACUGAAGGAUGUUCCUCUCCACUUUGCCGGUGAGCGACGACUCUGGAUUUCUGUCCGCUCCCCUCCUGACUCUGACCGGAAGCUUUCACAGGAAUCUAAAGCUGUCUUGGACCUUUGGCACUCCUGCCUGUGUCAGUCCAUCCCGCUCUUCCCGCUGUCUCUCGCGCCGCUGUUAACUUGCGAGGCGUUUGCUGACGCCUGUGCCGACAGCAAACACGCGGGCUUGGGCGGCUUCGUGACCUUUCCCUCCGGCCGCACGGUAUGGUUCCGCUCCGCCUUAUCUCCUGCGGAGCUUGCUCGACUUUGUGCUUGGUAUUCCCCUGACAUUUCCCCUCAGAAAUUCAUUGCUGCCUGGGAACUCCUUGGCCAAAUCGCGCUUCUCUGGUGCGUUGCCCUCGUUGUCCCGGCCGCUCACCACCCUGUACAUUUCGUCAGCCGCUGUGACAACAGCCCUUCCGAAUCGGCCUCCUGGAAAGGCCUCUCUACUGCCCGCGGUAUGUGUGACCUAUUGCACUCCUACCUGUUAUGGCAGCGUCAUUUCUGCAUUUCCGCACAUAUCGACCAUGUUCCGGGAUUCCGUAACAAAAUUGCUGAUGCCCUGAGCCGGUCCUGCGACCCGGGCACCUUGGGACUCAAUCCUGCCGAUGAGAUCCUGGUCCCUUGGCACCUGUUGAGCCGUCCUCCGCGCCCGAGUUACUCCCCUGCGUCCGCCUUCAACCGUGACCUCUUCCCGGCAUUGGACUUCUGA